AGUUAAAAUCACUUGACAUCUUUACAGCAUUGACAACAUUGUCAAGGAAUGCAAAAUAAAAAAAAUUUUGUUAAAACACCGCAAAUUUUUAUUAAAAAAUGCUAAAAAAAACUUAUUUGUAUCAAGGUAUAUUAAUUAAUAUAUCUUGAUAUACUUUGUGAUCUUGAUUCAUAUAAGAAAGCCCAAAGGGGGAUAUAAAAUAAAAAAUACUACAAUAUUAGUUUACACAAUAAAAACAAACUGUGUCGAAUGGCAAAAUACGCCGAAUGUAAUUUAAAAAAUGCAAAGUAACAAAAAUAUUAAGAAAAGAAACUCUAUAAUAUCCAAACAGCAACACAUAACAGAGGAGCUUAGUGAAAAUGGUGUAAUACAAUACAAUUGUACCGCCUGUCGGAAAACUUUUCGCAGUCGUUCCCAGAAAUAUUACCACUUGAAUUGUAAUCAGUUGCAGAAAUUUUUAUACCAGUGUGAGCAUUGUGAUAAGAGUUUUGUACGGAAGUCUCAGUGGAAAUAUCACAAUGAAUCUCAUUUAUCUCCUAUCAACGAAUGCAAAAGGUGUCAGAAAAUAUUCUCUAAUCCCUUAGCUUUAAAGAAGCAUUUGUCUUUGCAUAAAGUAGAGCCAAAAUUCUGUCCACAUUGUGAUAAGAGUUUUAAAAAGAAAGUCUCACUGGAGCAACAUAUUGCUGCACAACAUCUAAAUCAAUUACAAUAUGGUUGUGCUUAUUGUAAUAAGAAAUAUGCUUCGAAGUCUACGCUACAAUUGCAUUUGCAAUCACAUGAGAGAAAGCGCUUUGAAUGUACAUUAUGCGAAAAACAAUUUCAACGUAAUUCAAUAUUAAAACUACAUUUAAAACGCCACAACAAUUCAAAUGUAAUUUGUAAUAUCUGCAAGAAAGUAUUCAGUGAAUCCGGGGCAUUGGCUAGGCAUAGUAAAAUACAUGAAGAAAAUGUAGUACAAUAUCAUUGUAAAUUGUGCGAUAAAAAUAUACUUAGAAAGGACAAUAUGACUAGACAUUUAAAUACAAUACAUCCAGAUGAAAAGUUUGAUAAUAUUGUUGAAAUAAUACGACCAAUGAUGUCGGAUACAAAUUUAAAUCCUAAGCACACAAUUGCAGAAAGUGAAUCAAUUGAUAUUGAUACUUUCAAAGGAAAAAAUAAAAAUAUACCGGGGAAAAAUUUUGUUAUUAUUGAAAAUAAAUUACUGCAGAAACCUUAUGAGCACAAAGACAGUAUAAUUGAACUUUCCAAAAACAUAACAAACGAAAUAAGCACAUAUGAUCGUACGAAAUAUCCUUUGAUAAACCAAAUCAAAGUCAUUACUGCAAUUCAUACAUACGAAAAAGAAAUAUUUAAUGAGAGUAACGAAAAUAAAACAAUAAAUCAUCAGCAACAAGUAGAUUCUAAAAUAUUUGAACCAGCUGCUUCCCCCGAUGAAACCAACUGUGAUUUAAAGGCAAUACCAAGUAAAUUUGUAGAACAAAAUGAAAAUAAUAUAGCGGAUAAUUCAUUAGGCAAACAAAAAUCUCAAAAUCAAACUGAAAAUGAAACUAAAAUGCAAGACACGUUUUUUGAUAAAGAUUUUUUUCAGCAUCGUAAACAAGAAAAAGAACAACCAUUACAGAUUUAUGAACCACCAAAAACACAAACUAUUUCUUCUGUCAUUAGAUCAGUUGGAAAUGCUAAAAAUUUAACAUACUAUUUGGAGGCACCUGUUACGCCAAUUAAGCAAACCUGUUUGGAAUAUAAACAUAAAAAAUAUUGUCGUAAUAAUUACAAUAUUGACUUAUAUCGUAAAAUAUUGGGCUGUGAUGAAGACGAUGAUGAAAAGGAACAACCCAAUUGCAUAUUUACGCCACAAACAUCAUCAACAGCAGCUGCAGUACACUGGCGUAAAAGUUUUAAAAAUAAUUAUGAAACAUGGUCAUCAUAAUCAUGUAUAUAUAAACAUACAUAUUUAUAUUAUUGGUUUAGCGUGCAUUCAAUGUGCUUGUAAUUUCCGAGCCUAUAAAGUAGAUAGGUAUACAUAUUCCGAAUCCGAAUAGAUAGCGAGAUAGCGUCUGUCUGUAUGAAUAUUGAAAUAAAUUUUCUAAAUACCCCAGAUAUCUUCGGGAUCCAAAUCUUCAAUUAUUCUAUGAGAUUUGCUUUUGAGAAUCAAAAUCGUUUCAUUCCGAAAAAUAUAGAAUUUUAAAUACACAAUAUGUACAUAUGUACAUAUAUAUUUCGAAUAUGGUGAAAAUAAAGGUAUUUUUUAUUUUAACCUUAUCUUAACCAUUUAUGCACAUAAUUUGGAAUUAUUCUGUAAAAGUUAAAAAAAUAAAAAGAAAUAAAGAAAAUGAAAUUCUAGGGCUUUAAACAAAUAUAGAUGGUUGGUUUGUUUGUACACUAAACCGACAUAAUAUACUAUAUUUAAUAUAUCUCAUAUAUAUAUAUUUUAAAUGCUUAUUUAAUUCUGUACUUAUACAUUUUAAGCUAUUUUUUAGUUUUUAAUAUUGAAAAUGAGUAAGAGUAAUAUGAAAUAAUUUAAAGAAAAUGCAUAUAUUUUCACAAUCUCAAAGAUAAUAAUAAACAAAAACGUUUUUAAUAUAUUUUAAAGUAA